AUGGAUAUGCGAAUCGACAGCGAGGUUACUGAAAAUCUGAACACCACACACUUUGGCAUAACUGCUGAUUUGAAAGAUUGCGUUUCUAAUACAGCAGCUACAGAUUCUAGCCUAGACAUGGUUACACAAACGUUUAUUGAAACAAGUGAUUUGGGUGAAAAUGAUGGUAAAGGUACACACAGUUUAACAACAACAACUUUUAUCUGUGACAAAGAUGGCACAUGUGCAAAUGCUGUAUCAGCAGCUUGUGAAACAAGUGUAUUCUGUGAAAAAGACGGCAUAGGUGCAAACGCUGUUUCAACAUUUCUUGAAACAAGUGUAAUCCAUGAAAGAGAUGCCACAGGUGCAAACGUUGUUCUUACAUUUCCUGAAACAAGUGUAAUCCAUGAAAAAGAUGGCACAGGGGCAACUGCUAUUCCAACAAUUCCUGAAACAAUUCCUGAAACAAGUGCAAUGUGUGUAAACAAUGGUACAGGAACAAAUACUAUUUCGACAAUUCCUAAAGUAGAUGUAAUCUGUGAAAAAGAUGGCAAAUGUUCAAAGACUGUUCAGACAAUUCCUGCAACAAGUGUAAUCUUUGAAAAAGAUGGUUCAGAUGCAAACAACGUUUCACCAGGUUAUUUCUGUGAAAAAUAUGGUGCAGCAGUAAACAAAGCACCAACAGUUACCGAAACAAGUAUUUUGAUCGAAAAUGAGUGUACAUGUUCAAAUGCUAUUUCAACAGUUACAGAAACAAGUUUUUUGGGUGAUGUUACAACUGAAUUCUUAGAUAUUUCAACAGGAUUUGUGGAUUCUGUGGAAACCAGACUGGACAAGGAUGAAAAUGAAAAUGAUAUUAAAGCUAAGCUUACUGGAAAAAACUCAAGAAAGAGUAUGGGUUCUUCUGAUAAUUUAGUUGCAGAGCAACCACCAGUUAAAAAAGGGUUUACACAGUUGGAUGCUAAUACUGACAACUUAAAUGUAAGGUUUGGAGACUUCAAAUUAUUGGAAAAAAUAGGGGAGGGUGGUUUUGGUGAGGUUUACAAAGGUGAAUAUUUGGGAACAGAUAUUGCAGUGAAGAAAGUUAAGAUAAAACGCAUGAAAGUUGUGAAACAGUCAGUGUUGCAAGAAGUUGUCACAAACAGUCAUCUUAGGCAUCCAAACAUUGUUCUACUGAUGGGUUACUCAAUCAAUACUGACUGUCUCUAUCUUCUCACAGAGUUCAUUGCAGGUCCAAAUUUGGAUGAUGUGCUUUUUGCUGACAAUGAGUACGAAUUUACUGUGCCUCAAAAACAUGCAGUGGCAUUGCAAGUAUGUCAGGGUGUAGCAUAUUUACAUAAUCAUAAUCCAAUAGUUAUUCACAGAGACAUUAAGCCUGAAAACAUUUUGCUGACGAGAAAUUUGGAAACGGCAAAACUUUGUGACAUGGGAUUGUCUAAGGUGAAGGUAAUGAAUACCAUGACCAAAACAGUUGCAGAUCGCAGAGAGACACAGCCAGGAACUCCAGCUUAUCAAGCUCCAGAGAUUCUUCUGCAAGCUAGGAGAGGCAGAACACAAGCAGAUGUUUGGAGCCUCUGUUGUUCAUUAGUUGAGCUCUUUACUGCCAAAACCAUAUGGGACUUGACCAGUGAGGAUGAUGAAAAUGACGACUCUGUCCAGGUUAUAAUCCGGGCAAUGCAAAGAAAGGAUAUGCCACAUGGGUUAAGUAAUUUAGACAGGGAGCAUACCCUUUCAGUGCAGCUGAAGGCUGUUAUUCAGAAGGGCUUAUCAUACCAGAUUGAGGACAGACCGACAGCAUUAGACUUUGUAGUUGCGCUAAAACAUGAACUUUAA